GGACCCUCCCUGACAGGGGAGGUGCCUUGGCUCCCGGGAGGAGAGGCCUAAUGCGAGCCUGGCCUCCUCGGCAGGAAGCCGACCAAUAGGCAAGUCUAGGAAUACUGUUACUGUACAGAGGGAUCUGAAAAGGCAGUCAUAGCAGUAGGAGAAACAUCUGCAUGGAGGAUACAAGCUUGAUCUCCAACAUCGAUGUGGAUAAAGGGUUUGCCAUUGGUUUUGUUGUUCUUUUGUGCCUGUUCCUGAUUGUGAUGACAGUUCGAUGUGCCAAGCUAGUAAUAGAUCCUUUUAAGGCAAUCCCCACAUCCACUUGGCAGGAGGAAGACAUCUAAUCAGCCACAGGUCCAAGGAAGUUUGCCAUCUUUGGGAUGCAGCUGGGACACGUAAUACUACAUAUUAUAGGCUGGGGGAUUCAAUGCAUCUGCUGUCAAUUUUAUAAAGAAUGAUGAUAUUAAACUUCCUUGUUUUUCAA